ACCAGUUCCAGUUUCAACAGUUGUGUUCUCAGUUGUGCAGCUGAUACAACUACACAUGCUUUUAUAUAGAGAGGAGUUAGGAGGAAGUGAACUCCAAGUCUGUCGGAGGCAAGAGAGCAGCAGCCAUUGCAGCCUUCUGUUGGAGUAUGGUCGGACUUUCAGAUUUCUUAACAACUCAGCUUCAAUGAACACUAAGAAAAAGAUCUUUGAUGUUGGAGUAUCUUCAGGGGUUGAACUCUCCAACUCUAUGUCAUGUCCCAUGGGAGGAGUUGCUCUUAUAGCGUCAAACGUUGUCUGUUUGUGGCCAUGGUUGAUGUCCAUGGACAGUUGUAGAAAAUGGAGAGCCGUUACAUGCUUUUUGGCGUUGAUUUCAACUUUUUCAAGUAUAUCUCUUGCUCAAGCUCAGAAUCAGCAAGGGUUCAUCAGUUUGGAUUGUGGGUUGCCCACUGCAGAGUCCCCUUAUACCGAAUUGUCAACCGGUCUAACAUUUGUAUCAGAUUCUGAUUUCGUCCACAGUGGGAAAAGUGGUAGUAUCCAGAAAGAUCUCGAAGAAAACUACAUAAAACCUUACGUGGUUCUGAGGUACUUUCCAGAAGGAAUACGGAACUGCUACAAUCUCAGUGUCAUCAAGAACGUCAAUUACUUGAUCAAAGGCGUUUUUGUGUACGGAAACUAUGACGGUCUCGAUGAUCCCCCGAGAUUUGAUCUGUAUAUAGGCCCUAAUAAAUGGGGAACUGUAGAUUUGGAAGGGAAGAUCAAUGGAACAGUUGAAGAGAUCAUUCACAUGCCAACAUCAUACUCUUUGGAGAUUUGUCUGGUUAAGACAGGAACAACUUUACCAUUCAUAACAGCCUUGGAACUACGACCAUUUAAAAGCGAUACUUAUAUUAUUGAAGCCGGUUCCUUGAAGCACUUGUUCCGGGUUUAUCUUACCAGUUCUGGUCGCUAUAUACGGUAUCCCGAUGAUGUUGUUGAUCGUAAUUGGUCUCCGUUCUUCUUACCGGAAUGGACACAGAUAACCACCGCUUUAACUAUAAACAUUUCAAGUAAUUAUGAACCACCAGAAGCUGCAGUUGCAACAGCCGCGACACCAACAAACGCCGGUGCACUAUUAACCAUAAACUGGACAUUGGAUAACCCUUUUGACCAGGUUUACACAUACAUUCACUUUGCUGAGAUCCAAGCCAUGCAGACCAACGUUACCCGAGAAUUCAGCAUCGUGAUCAAUGGAAAUGUUACUUACACGGCUUAUAGUCCUAAGAAGCUGUUUCUGGAUACAAUAUUCAGCACAGCCCCUGAGAAAUGUGACGGUGGGAAAUGCAGUGUUCAACUGGUGAAAACUCUGAGUUCAACUCUUCCACCUUUGCUUAACGCUAUCGAGGUUUUCACAGCAAUUCAGCUUCCACAGCCGGAAACGGAUCAAAACGACGUUAUUGCUAUCAAGAAUAUCGAAGCUACAUAUAGAUUGAGUAGAAUCAGUUGGCAAGGAGAUCCAUGCUCCCCUCAACAGUUCUUGUGGGAUGGUCUAAACUGCAGCUAUACGAAUAUGUCUACACCUCCGAGAAUCAUUUCCUUAAACUUGUCUUCGAGUGGGUUGAAUGGGAUCAUAGCGUCCGGCAUUCAAAAUCUAACCGGCCUUCAAGAACUGGACUUAUCAGACAACAACUUGACGGGAGGAUUACCUGAAUUUCUGGGCACCAUGAAAUCGUUAUUGGUUAUAGACUUGAGCAGGAACGAUCUAAGUGGUUCGAUUCCUCCAGCCCUUCUUGAAAGAUCAAAGAACGGACUAAAGCUAAAUGUUCAAGGAAAUCCAAAGCUUUGCCCGUCAGGUUCAUGCAAAGUUCCAGGUGGAAAUGGUGAAAGUGAAGGAAACAUCGAAAAUGGUGGACAUGAGAAAAACAAAAUCCUAGUACCGAUCUUUGCAUCGGUUGCUUCUGUCAUCGUUAUUACAGUAAUGCUGGUUCUUGUUUUUAUUUUCAGAAAGAGAAAACCAUCAAAAGGUCCACGCCUCUCAAUCGAAAAGCAAAAGAGAAGGUAUACUUAUUCAGAGGUUGUAUCAAUGACGAGAAACUUCCAAAGAGUUCUUGGCAAAGGAGGGUUUGGAACGGUUUAUCAUGGUCAUGUGAACGAGGCCGAACAAGUAGCUGUUAAAGUGCUCUCUCACUCAUCACCUCUUGGCGAUAAACAAUUCAAGGCUGAGGUUGAACUUCUUUUGAGAGUUCACCAUGUAAAUUUGGUAAGCCUUGUUGGAUACUGUGAUGAAGGGGACCAUGUAGCACUCAUCUAUGAGUACAUGCCCAAUGGAGACUUAAGGCAACAUCACUCAGGAAAACAUGGUGGUUCUGUUUUAAACUGGGCAAGUAGAGUAAGAAUCGUUGCUGAGGCCGCAUCAGGAUUGGAGUACUUACACAAUGGAUGCAAACCAAGGAUGGUCCAUAGAGAUGUCAAAAGUUCGAAUAUAUUGUUGACGGAGGAUUUCCAUGGAAAACUUGCUGAUUUCGGCCUUUCAAGAUCUUUUCCAACCGUUUCAACUGUUAUCGCAGGCACUCCUGGAUACCUUGAUCCCGAGUAA